CCUUCUCUGGUAUUCAGAAUAAAAAUCCACCAGAAACAUUCCAAACGCACAGUAGUGCUCAUCUUUUUUUGCAGCUUGAAACCUGAGUGGGGAUUGAAGAAAACUGAAUUGCAUCACCCAGUUUCUUUCACAGGAUCAUCUGGACAGUGUACCACUCCACGAUGAGUUCUUCCAAACCGUCCUUCUCAGAUUACUUUGGCAAAAUCAGUGGAAUACCAAUGUAUAAAAAAUUUAUCGAGCAGUUUCAUAAUGUGGAGGAAUUUGAGGCAAGACCAGAUGACCUUGUCAUUGUCACCUAUCCCAAAUCUGGUACAACAUGGCUUAGUGAAAUUAUAUGCAUGAUUUAUAAUAAUGGUGAUGUGGAAAAGUGCAAAGAAGACGUCAUUUUUAAUAGAGUUCCUUACCUGGAAUGUAGCACUGAACACGUGAUGAAUGGAGUAAAACAAUUAAAAGAGAUGGCAUCUCCUAGAAUAGUGAAGUCUCACCUGCCUGUUAAGCUUCUUCCAGUCUCAUUUUGGGAAAAGAACUGUAAGAUCAUCUAUCUUUCCCGGAAUGCCAAGGAUGUGGUUGUUUCUUAUUAUUUUUUCAUUUUAAUGGUGACUGCUAUUCCAGAUCCUGUCUCUUUUCAAGAUUUUGUGGAGAAAUUCAUGGAUGGAGAAGUUCCUUAUGGUUCCUGGUUUGAACAUACAAAAUCUUGGUGGGAAAAGAGCAAGAAUCCACAAGUGCUAUUUCUUUUCUAUGAAGACAUGAAGGAGGAUAUCAGAAAAGAGGUGAUGAAAUUAUUAGAAUUUCUGGGAAGGAAGGCAUCAGAUGAGCUUGUGGACAAGAUUAUAAAACACACUUCAUUCCAGGAGAUGAAGAACAAUCCAUCUACCAAUUAUACAACAUUGCCGGAUGAAGUCAUGAACCAAAAAGUAUCUCCCUUCAUGAGAAAAGGAGAUGUAGGAGACUGGAAGAAUCACUUUACAGUAGCCCUGAAUGAGAAAUUUGACAUGCACUACGAGCAGCAAAUGAAGGGGUCUACCCUGAAGUUCCGAACUAAGAUCUAGGAAGGGUUUUCUUAACAUCGGAAAUUAAAUUGCUCUUUCAUCCUUCCUCACUUUCUUCAUUUUAAACUAGUAGAUAAUGAAUUAUACAAAAGAUCAUGAUCAGGUUCACAUGAUUAUUGAGAUCUUAGUAUGAAAUAGUAAGAGAGAUUUUUUUCUGUGAUUAUCUCUUUAAUAUUUUCUUUCUUUUUUUCUUUAUUAUAAAUAUUACACAUAGCUAUAACCAAUGAGAAUGAUGUAGGUACACACAAAUUGUUCAAGUUGUUAGAGCCUCAGUAAAAAUAACCAGACAUUCCAAAUUAUUUAGCUUUGUGUCUACUUUUUUUUUCCAUUUAUUAGUACAUUUGGUAUAUACAUACACCUUUAAAUACAUAUUAAUAACUGUACGUGGAAUUUGAAAACCUUGACAAAUAGAACUGAAAAGAAUAAACAUGAGUGUAUAACUCAAUGUAUUAUUUCUUGGCUGAUACUAUCUUUCAUUUACUGCAAAAUGACUUAACUUGGAAUAUACCUUAGUUUAGUGUAAAUUUUCAGCAUUUUCAGAACUGAUUUCCAGAUGUCUAUAAAUAAUUCCAAUGAGUAUGAUUUACAUUUGAAUAUCUUUAGCUAAUUUAAAAUAGUUAUGCUUUAGGGUUCCUUCUAUCCUAUACACAAUGUAAUGAAAGUAAGAUCUGUAAACUAAAGUUUUAAUGAAUGUGACAUAUACCAGUAAAAUAAAACAAAAGCAAAAGCAAAAAAAA